AUGUCGGGUGCUGUGGGCCGAGAGCCAGUCUUCCCGACUCGUCAGUCGCUAGGAAUAAUGAAGAGCAAGCUGAAGGGGGCUGAGAUCGGACACAGCUUGCUGAAGCGAAAGAGUGAGGCCUUGACAAAGUAUCGGGCAGAAAUCACACGACGUAUAGAUGAGGCCAAGCAGAAGAUGGGACGGGUCAUGCAGAUUGCAGCCUUCUCCCUUGCCGAAGUGAGCUACGCCGUUGGCGGAGACAUCGGAUACCAGAUUCAGGAGUCCGCCAAACAGGCCCGCUUCCGUGUGCGAGCCAAGCACGAGAACGUCUCGGGUGUCUUCCUUCCCCAAUUUGAAAGCCACACAGAGACUGCUAUCAACGACUUUGGCUUGACCGGUCUUGGAAAGGGUGGACAGCAAAUUCAACGCUGCCGGGAGACAUACGCGCGGGCCGUGGAGACCUUGGUGGAGCUGGCUAGUCUACAGACUGCAUUCUUGAUUCUAGAUGAGGUGAUUAAGGUUGUGAACCGAAGAGUAUCCGCAAGUGAGCACGUCAUUAUCCCCCGAACCGAAAACACCAUCAAAUACAUCAACUCCGAACUCGAUGAACUCGAUCGAGAGGAGUUUUACCGCCUCAAGAAGGUCUCCGGUAAGAAGCAGAGAGACGUUGCCGAGGCAGACGCCGAGAUUCUCGCAGCCCGACAGAAGGCAGCGGAGAAGGAGGCAGCGAACAACACUCCAGCUGUUGCGGCUCCAUCUACAGGAGACACCGAUGCGCCCGAUGUUCUCGGUGAGCAAGAAGACAACGAUGUCAUCUUCUAG